GUCAUUUUCAAUUGCAGUACCAGCAGUGGACACUGACAUUCAAUGGAUGGCGCCUCGUUUCAGAAUCCACUUCCUAUAACACAUCUACGAACCAACCGGGUACGUUCGUAGCUUCGCUAUAUCGUCUGAAAAACAGUGAUUCAGUGGAAGGGAGCAAAACAAAUCUUUGAGUCGUUGCAGCUCCUGCUCAAUGCCGCAUCGUCUACAGGGAUGUUAAGCAACACUCCCAACAAGCUGAACCUGCUGGUCAAUAAGUUGCAUGAAUACCUAGCUCAAGCUGCUGUCGAGGGCGGGAAUGACGCACAAACUACACAGGAUGCUGAUGGUCAGACCAAACAGCAAUACUGCGAGAUUAACUCGAGAAGUCACACCGCAGCAGAGGGAGAAUGGAAAAACAGAAGCUCAAAGAGGAAACCUACUGUAGUUGUCAAGCACUCUGGACUGGAUGAAUCUGGAAACUCAAAUGCAAGCGAGGAUGUGGAUUUAACAAUUGAUGAAAACAGCCAUCUAAAUGUCACCAGGCUUCCUAAAGGCACUCUGGUGGUCAGGCCUGAACCUGCUGUCAAUGGAAGGGAUGAUUUCAGAGGUCCAGAGUUCCGGAGCAGAAAGUCUGGUGUGCUGCGAAAGGAGUUCACAAGAAGACGUCGAGGAGUUGAAAACAUGGGCAUUGUCAGUUGCACUGCAUGCGGCCGGCAAGUGAAUUAUUUUAAGAAAGAUACCUUUUGCCGGCAUCCAGCUCUGAAAGUGCUUAUUUGCAAGUCUUGCUGCAAGUAUUACCUAAGUGACGACAUCAGCAAGGAUGGAGAUGGAAUGGAUGAGCAGUGCAGAUGGUGCGCUGAGGGGGGCAACUUGAUCUGUUGUGACUUCUGUAGUAAUGCUUUUUGCAAAAAGUGCAUUCUUAGAAAUUUGGGACGGAAGGAGCUGUCGGGCAUCCUGGAAAGCAAGUGGUACUGCUAUGUAUGUAAUCCAGAGCCACUGUUUGAUCUGGUGGUGGCCUGUGACAAUGUGCUUGAGAACAUGGACCAUCUGUGGCAGCAGCAGCCCAGGAAAAACAGGAUAGAGCCGGAGAGAUCUGGUCUCCAGAACAGUUUGCCACAGUUACCACAAAACAUUCCUUCAGAUGAAUGGGAUCAUUCUGGUAUGGAUGGAAAUGUGGUGUUUAACUACAACACACUGCAGGCUUCAAAGGAAUUAACCAAAAAGGCCAAACAUUUGGUGGACUCAACAAACACUUUAAACAGAAUAUUUAUAAAUUUCAUUCAUACUGUGACAAAAAACAGUCAAACAGCCAGUGUUCGCCUGUUGUAUCUGAAGUCUUUUUUAUCAGUUGUAAAAGUUUUGCAAAAAACACUUGCUGUGUUUGAAGAAAACCUUAAAGAGGAAUUCACUGACUUGGACGUAGUGAGCUGUUGGGAGCAGUACCUUAAUGAUGACUCUACCUCAGAGCCAGCAGACGUAGAGCUCAGUAUUUCAGAUGAAACGUGUCUGAAUGACUUGACGAAAUUGGCAGCUGAAUACGCAAAAGAUGAGUCUGAUCCAAAGUGUUUUAGGGAUGAAGGAGUUCAACAGACGAGCUCUGUAGAUGAUGUCAUUUCAAAUUCAUGUGACGCCAAAGAGAGGAAAGAAAAAGAUGACUUAAACUCCAGUGAGGUCAGUGUGAGAAAAGAACUUGUAGUGAAACUUACCCCUGUGGCUAUGGAGCAGAAGUCCUCUUCCAAUAACCCACAGAUGGAGAAAAGUAUCGACGAAAAGUCAAAAGGAAAGGAUGAAUGUAAAGAGCCAGAGGUUCAAGGGGUUCAAAUAUUGAAGGAAGCUGCAAGUGCAUCUUUGCACAUGAACGAGAAAUUAGCUGAGAGACUAUCUCCUCGUGUGAAAACAACACCUUUGCGCAGACCGAGUGAUGUCAAAGCCCAAACAUCUCUUUCACCCGCAGAAAGUGAUAGUGAUUCUGACCCUGAUGAAAUUGACCCUGUGGUAUCAGCCAGAAUCAAUGAGGAGCAAGGUCUAAGUACAGCACGGGAUGACUCCGACUCGGAUGAAGUCCCCCAGGCUCUGCUUGAGCGCGCAGCUAUGACUCACAGCUCUGAAGAAGGCCAGAGUGACGAGGAUGAUGAAAACACAUCGACAAAGGUGGCGAAGAAAUGUCUGUUUUGGCUCAACAAGAACAUGCCCAUCUCACCAAAAAAAGAACAUCACAAACGCAAGAAACUCGACUGUUCGCUGAAUUAUGACUCGAGCAAACAGAGAGUCAAAGCUCGAAGGAGGAGCGGGACUGACCUCUCUGGUGAUGAUCGUGAUUCUCAAAAGAAAAAACAGUGUUUGCGUUCAAGCUGUAAUCCCAUCAAGAGAGAGGAGAAGGGUGUGUCAGGAGAGCGAGCGAUGGACACGGCAAAGUCUAAAUCCCAUCAGGAAGUGAUAGAACUGUCAUGCUCGUCCAGUGAGGAUGACCGAGAUGACUCCGCGAGUGAUGGCAGCGAUCAGAAAAUUAAGCCCAUCACUGAUGACAUAGCCUUACAUGGGAUGGUGCCAUUUCACCAGUCGUCAGAGGAUGAGGAUCAGUUUGGGUCCUCGUGGGUGGCCAAGGAUGACGAUAAUCCAAAAAAUAGGUAUGAUUCAAAAUGCUCUGAAAUAAAGUUUGAUAAACCGCAUAUGGCUGGAAGAAAAGCUGCCACCCGAGAAAAAACAUUUAAGAAGAAUAUCAUCAAGACUAGGUUACGGCGGCGUUGCACACGGCCAAAACGUAGCUGCAGUCAAUCCCCAGCGUUCAAAUACACAUCUUAGAGUUCCGUGGUUAAGCACACAGCUGACAUUCAGACGCAGUGAGACUGUAUCUGCUGCCAGUAUUUAGGUAAAAGUAAGACUUUGUGUGCUUUUUAUGAUUUUUUUAAAAAGAUUUAUACAUAUUUCUUAUAUUGUCUUGUUUUAUUAAGCUGUGAUCUCGGUUUUUUUAAUUAAUUAAUUUUUUAUCUUAUUUGAUCGAGUCCUUUCUUGGCCUGGUGAGCUAUAAAACAUUGUUACGUUCUUUUAAAUCUCACAGAAUGCUGGUUUCAGUCCAAUGCAUUUCAAUUCUCCUACUCUUGUCAGUCAAGCACUAAUCUAAAGGCCAAACUACUGACAUAACCUCCUAAAUGACUUAACCUUCUAUUACUACUAUUUUCCGUUUGUCUUCCCGGGAGGUGAAUUACAACCACGUACUGAAUGGCGCCUCCUGUGGCAGCCAGUUGUUUGCAAAGACACACUGUGAAUUUCUCCAUAGUGGGACAAAUAAGACACUUCAAUUUUUUAUUUUCUUCAGUUAAGAUUAGGUUGACAAGCAACCGGUUACCGUUGGUUACCGUGCAUAACGUGAUCUGCUUCUGCAGACGGCUGUUCUCAAGCUGUGUUUUCACUAGAUGAUAAAUGUCACCACAUUUAUAAUUUUGUUUCCUGAAAUUAAUUGCAAUACCGUGUUGUUAAAAGAUUAAAAUCUACAUCAUUCUACAUUAUUUCUCAGUAUUAUUAUUCAAGUUUUUUAAGCACUGUUUAAAGAUUGUGCAUUUAUUAACCAAACCAGUUGUAAACAAAUGCAUCAAUUCCUACUCAUAACUAUGUCAAGGUUUUGUGGUGAACUUUGCAUAACAAAUAAAAUUCUUCAUAUUUCAUGGAUCUACAAAUGCUGUUAAUGGCAUGUAUCCUGUUGAAGGCACUUGACUGUUGUUGUAUUGAAAGAAGAAAUGUAACUGUUGCUGUGCAUUGGGGAUGACAGUCCUUAAACCUGCAGGUUUCUACUAUUUGUCUUCAAUAUCAAUUUUAUUGACUCCUUGAUUGAACGCUAGACUGAGGGUGCACUCACACUGAGGCCGUCGUACUGCCGUGUUUGGAAACGGUGGGCCAAAAUGCGGAACACAUGGCCAAAGUUCGCACAUGCCUGGCUAAGUACAUCUCUUGCUGACUUCAGAAUAACCUGCGAUCCGCCUCCUUGCGCACUCUGUCUCUGUAAAAAUCUUUGUAUGUGUGCAGCACGAUUGGCUGCAGUUGGCCACCUUGCACAGUCCUUAAAUCAAGACAUUUCAAGGGCUGACUCUUUUGAAGAUACUGUUGUUCACACAGCAGCUGUUGCAGCCUUUGUUGUCAGAGUCGUGCUGCUUUAACCGCACAUAAACAACAGUCAUUGAUGAAUAUGUUGGAGGCAACCGGGCUUCAGUUGUUUGCCUUAGGGGUAAUAUAACUGACCCCGGUGUGAGUGCACCCUUAGACUUUCUUUCUUUGUCAUUCAGAUUUACAUGUCUGUGUAAGUUCUCAGUCGUCCAGCUCAUCUUAUUCCAAGCAGUUACAUCAACUGGACUGGUUUAGUUUCUUGAAGGCAUUUCACCUUAAUAAGUAGAAAUUGAGGUUUAAAAAAAAACUAUUGCUGUUGCUAUUCCAUUUAUUUGAAUCUCAAAGAUAUUCUAGAGUUUAUGGUCUCAGUCACUGGUUUCAGGUCUCUGUCAAUGGUUAAGAUAAUAAUAUGUCUCUUUGUGAAAAGGAAAAAGAGAAACCAAAACUUUAACAGACAUAAAGUGCUCAUGGAGACACCAGCUUCAUUUUGUUUCAUAUAAUUUGACAUUGACAUGGCACUGGUCUUCACUUGUGGGUUCUCUGUUUUUUGUUGCCCCCCCUGACGCUGGUUGAUGGGAUGUCCUCUGGUGGUAGAUCCUAUUGUUACGUUCUUGGCCGUUGAUUAGAUAUACUGUAAGUCCAUUUUUUGUGGUUCUGUUUUAGUUUUUUACUGUGAUGGUAUGUGACCGUGAGGGCAGCAGUCUACCUCAGUACUCAGUACUCUUUUUCAUUACUGUUUUUUCCUUCAUUGACACAGACAUGGUGGAAGAAACUGUCAAGUUUCUUCACGUUCUCAUUUCUCCUAUAUUGGUUAGAGAACAAGUGUUUUUGCGUAAAUGAUGUAGUUGAGUCCACAACAGUGUUUUGAAUCAUUGAAAUGGGCUCCACUUGGAUAAUGCACUGGUGCUGUCAUCAAUACAAAAACUUGAUGAAAACAAAUGUUGGGUGGGAAAUUGUUGCACUAUAUAUUCCUAGUGAAGAAACGCCUAUUUGUACCCAUUUUAGUACAAAUUUGUUCAUUGGCCAGGCAACAGUAAUGUAUUACAGACCAUUAAUUAGCGUAUCAGUAUUAAGGACUGCAAGAGUGGUACAAGCCCACAUUGAAACAAUGAUUCUUCUGGUUGGUGCCUUUAUGAACCUUUAUAAAGGGAACAGGGAACAGGGUGUGUAUGAGAGUUUAGAGUGGGCUGUGAGACUCCAUAUUGUCACUGUAUCUUUAAUGACAUGAAUGUUUCUCAUGUUUCUUCCAGGUCGGAUUUUCUGACAGCACAACAGUGAAAGCAGUGCUGUUAGACAACAAACACUUAAGUCUGGGAUAUCGUUGUUGUUGUUGUUGUUGUUGUUGUUUUUGUAGCUGUAAUGAUAGCACUAGAAAGUGGUCAGCAGAAAUGUUGAAAGUGUUUGUAGUGAGUGGGAUGAAAACAAAAAGGACUGUGUGAACUCACAAAGCAUGUUACCUACUCACUCUCUGGUAGUACAUGUCUCUCUCUCUCUCUCCUGGCAGUUGAAACAUUUUUAAUGUCACUGCAUACGGUCUCUUCCAAACAUGUCAACUUCUUAGUACAAUUUAAGCAGCAAAACCCAGUAGACCAGGUGUAAUAAACGGAUGUAUCCUCACGGUUCGAAAACAAACCUGUUGGAGAAGAAUUGCCCGCAACGUUCAGCUUUUUGUUAAGUGUAGGUUCCAAAACAUGAAGAGGCGAUUGAACAGUUCAUCAAACCAUAAACAGCUCUAAAUCUGAUCAUAAUUUACAACGUUGACAUGUUCUAUUGUAGAAGACCUGAAUCUAGCAAUUGAGACCUCAGACUCCUCACUAAAGUUAUACAUAAUUUAAGAACUUUGCUCUACCUGCUGUGCUUUGGUGUUUUAUGUCUAACUUUUGCACAUGUUCUAUGGUAUGUAUCCAGUGAUUGUGAUGAGACUUGCAUUGUAUUACAAGAAAACAGUAUAUAAUGCAAGUACUUGAAAACAAAACCUGCGUUCCCCGAGUAUUUCCUUCUGUUGUUCCUAAAUAUUCACCGUGAGCAAAAAACCAGGAGUUUUAGAAGAUGAGGAAAUAAGAGUUCACUGUGAACAAAUAUUCAUGUACAGUUUGUUCCUAGUCAUUUGAUGUGUAUGAGGGGUUUUUUUACAGUUGACUGGUUUAAAAAGAAUGACUGGGAAUCUCACCCAUCGCCCAUGUUACACAGAAGAAUAAACUAUUGAGUUGUCUUUGUCCAAUAUUUUUCAUGUUUCAAAUAAGUUGAAUAAACUUUCCCUGUAAAAUGUCA